CCCAACACGAGUUGGCCGUUUUGUUGUUUCACUUUUGCGGCUUCACCUCCAAAAAUAAACGUGGUGCUUCGUUGACUGUCACUCUCACUCCGACACAGCCUCUACCUCCCAACACAACUGCAACUAUAAAUAACAGAGCCGCAAUGUCCCUUCAUACUCCUCACCACCAUUACUACAACUUCCUCCACAGCAAAACAAUGGUGAAACUCAGAAAUGAGAAGCCCAGAGGUGAGAGAAACGAGUCACAAUUCAAGGGUGCUCGAAAACGGAAAUGGGGGAAAUGGGUGUCCGAAGUCAGACUACCCAACAGUCGUGAAAGGAUUUGGUUGGGAUCUUACGACACGGCCGAGAAAGCGGCGCGUGCUUUCGACGCUGCUGUUUUUUGCUUACGUGGACCUUCUGCUAAAUUCAACUUCCCCCAUAACCCACCCGAUAUCGCCUUCGGCAAGUCUUUAACUCCGUCUGAAAUCCAAGCAUUCGCCGCCCGGUUUGCUAACUCGGAGCCUCCGGCGACUAUCCAUUCGGAGCAGUCGACGUCAAGUUGUGGAACGGAGUCACCAUCGCCUUCGGUACGGUUGGAGUGGGAAACGCCUGUGGUGGGGUCGUUUACGGAUGGUUUGACAAUGGAUUCGGGGAAUUACGGGUUGGAUUACGGGAUAUUCCCUGGAUUUGAUGAUUUUUCAAGUGAUGUUGUUAUUGGAUCAUCGGUGGGCAAUAUCGGCGGUGAAGAAGAAGAGGAUAAGGUUGAUGGCAUUUUAGUUUCGGAAUCAUUUCUCUGGGAUUUCUAGAUAUCCUUAUAAGAACAUACGUCAGCUAAUUUGUCUGUAUCCGUAGGAGAGGUCAAUCUCCGACCAAACCAAAAAACCCACUGAUAUAAUAAUAUAACU